AACUAUUAAUCUAAUUAAGUCGUGUUCAACUAAAUUGGGAAACAAACAUUGGUAUACAAUUAAAGAUACCAAUAAUUUGAUGACAAUGAAACAGUGGCGAUCUAAAUGUUUAGAAGCUUUUAAUAUUGGAUCAGGUUUAAUACGUAGUAAAAAUAACAAAGGUACACAAAAUGGAUCUAGUAGAAACGUUUCAGCUGUCCUAAGACAAAAAAAUGAAAGAAUAUUAAAUAAGAAAUAUGAAUUUACAUUAAUAUCCAAAAAAUAUGAAUCUAAACCUACAUCUACAAGAACAACCGGAUGGUACUAAAGAAACUGGAGUUUCUUCCACUGAUCUCUACCCAGUAAAAACUCUUGAUUAUCUUGAGUUUUUUCCUGGCAAUUUUGUAACUAAAAAAAGUCCUGCAUCUGACGUUUAUGGUGUUGUAGAAUCUGUGGACCAUGCAGAACGCACUGCUCAUAUACAAUGGUUUAAAGUUUAUCCUGAAAAUCCAUCAUUGCCAAAUCCUAUUGAAAAGACUUAUUUUAGUGUAUAUGACUUACAUGAUCAUCCGGAUUUCCAUUUUAAAUGUGGUUGUCUCGUUUUACAUAGUAAUCCUGAUACGAACCCAGAUUCAAAUACCUUAACUGCUGGAAAAGUAUUAAGUGCAGGGUCUGAUGGCAGGUAAAAGCUGUGACCAAGUAUACAAUGAGUGGAAAUACGCAAGUCUAUUAGUCCAAUUACUACAGCAAUCUGCUAUGAGUAUGAAAUUAUUUCUAGAGGCUGUUCAACAA